AUGCAGUCCAUCAUCGAGCAGGCGGGCCCACCGCCCUGCUCGCCCGCGGCAGCCCCCCAGGAGCUGCGCGGCCACCAGCCGGGCUGCGCUACCGAGCCCGAGCAACCCGCCCAGUACCAGAGGGAGAUUUUCUCCCUGCCGGGGCCGGGCGCGCGCUGUGAUCCCAGCGGCGUCUUGCGUGGCCUCGAGCACGAUCAGCGGGUACAUUGGGAGAGACAUUUGUCGCGCCGAACGCCUGCACCUGACAAGGAGAUCAAGCUUCACAACGAUCGCAAUCUUAUGGCGGAUAGGCGGUGCUAUGCGCAGUUCAUCUUGGACCUGUUCACCUCCGGCCUUGUCAGAGUCGGGGCCAAGCGCAGUGCCACGGUGGGCGUGUUUUGUGCGUGGAAGAGCGGACGAGAACGGCUUUGGCUCAUCUUCGACGCGCGACGAGUCAACGCACGAUUUCAUGACCCUGAUCACUUUCAGCUGCCCAGUGCCGCCGCGUGGGCGGCGCUACGUACCAAUCCUUCUUCUUCGUUGAGUAUGGCUCAGGCCGACGUGGACAACGCCUUCUACAGGGUGAAGUUGCUUGACAAGAUGGACGAGCAUUUCUCGUUGCCGAGCGUGCACUUGAGUUCGCUCCGACAGCUCGCCGAGGCGGCUGGGGUGAUCAUUGACCUGCCCGACGCCCGUUUCGGUUCGCCUCUCUUGCAAGUGUUGCCAAUGGGGUGGUCGUGGAGCCUCUAUUUCUGUCAGGGGCUGCUGGAGACAACCGUGCUGCGGUCGGGGAUCGACACCGGGCCGCUCAUCAUGGACCGCCACGCCCCCCUGCAGGUCCGCACCUCUUCGACCCAGCCUGGUGUUUACGUCGACAACGUUUGCGUCGUCGGCGGCGACGGCGACCGCUGCGUGGCCGACUGCGCCAAGUUCGUCGGCGAGCUGGAGCAGGUCGGCCUGAAGUGCAAGGGCGUCAUGGAGCCCGAGGACCUGCAGACCUUCACCGGCAUCACCUUCGAGGGGCGCAGCGGGCGAGUAGGCAUCAGUCCGGGUCGGAUGCGGAAGAUCCGACUUGCACUGUUGUUCCUCGAGCUGCGGCAGGCGGCUGCCUUGCUGGUCUUCGCUUUCUCCGACUCCAAGAGGCCCAACAGCCCCUUCGUCUGCGCCUCGGACGCCUCCCGGGGCCAAUCUGGUUCAGGAGGCGGCUAUGGCGUGGUAGGGCAGACCUGGGCCGAUGAGCUCGUGGAGCGCACCGCCUCGUCAGCUGUGGCCUGGCGAUACUCCGUGCUGGACGCUAUCGGGGCCCGCGAGUGCGCGCUUGGCUUCGACCCGGUCGAGGGGGCCAAAGUCGGCCGCCGCCAGGCCCGCGCUGGCUGCACCAGCUUCGAGGGGGUCGUGAGGUCCUCGAUCGGUGACUUCAACGAUUGGGGUGUCCUCUUCCACGGCGAGUUUCAGCGCGACGAGGACAUCGCCGUUCUUGAGGGGCGAGCGGCUGCAAUGGCCGCGCGGCACGCAGUGCGAGGGCGCUGCGGGCAUAGUCAUCGGCACCUCAUCUUGGUCGACAACCUCGGGCUCGCACUCGCGGUUGGAAAAGGGCGCUCCCCUUCCAUCACUCUCAAUCACGUCCUGCAGCAGCUGUGCGCCAUAUCUAUUGUCACCGACACAACCCUCGCCCUCAUAUGGAUUCCGUCAGAGUGGAACCCCGCCGACAAGCCCUCUAGGCUCAGGCUCCAUCAUACGUUGGACGCUCGCGCUGACCCCCGACAUGCUGCGUAUCUCGGAGGCCCGUCAGCCAGCCCCAGCGGGCUCCAGGCCCUCGGCCGGGAUGUUGACGCGCUCGUUCGGAGGCGCCACGGCCGCUGUGCCGCGGCUUCGGGUGCGGAGCCCAGCGGCCCCAGCGGGCCUGGCGCGGCUGGGCUCGGGGACGCACUGAGCGACGACCCCUGCCCGCUCGGUGGCCUCGCGGGGCUCCUCGGCGGGGCAGGCAACGGCGGCGCGGUCGGCGACGACUCCUCAUCUUCGAGCUCGGACAGUGGCAUCGACCAGGCGGCCGAGGCCCUCCGCCUAGCCCGGGCGAGGGCUCGCCAUUCAGCCCACCGCGGCGCAGACGAGCGAGCCCAGGCCGAGGGGCUCACGGUGCUGCAGGGCCUGAAGGUCGGCAGCGCGUCCCGCGUGUACUUCGAGAAGGAGUACCUGGACUUCCUGACCUGGGCCCGCUCGAGGGGCCUGUCGAUCCUCGGGCUGGCGCCCAUCGACUCGACCUUCUCCCAGUACCUCGAUUUCCUGUUCUGGGAGGGCCACAAUCACCACAAGGGGGACAAAGCCUCCCCGCCGUUGAAGCACUUCAACCCGGGCCUGGGCUUGACUGCGGCGGCGGCUCUGGAGAGGACCGCCGCCGGGCUGCGGGGCUUCCGCAAGCUGGCGCGGGGGUCGACGCAGGCCCCCAUGGCGAGGGAGCUGCUGUUCACGGCCGCGGGCGUCGCCCUGCACCGAGGCUGGCGGAACUUCGCCAUCGCCCUGGCGCUCAGCUGGGACACGAUGGUUCGGCUUUCCAGCGAAAUCGUGCAGAUGACGCCCGCGACGCUGGUUGCGCCCGCGCCUCGCUCCGGCCGAGUCGCGUGGAGCCUGCUUCUUUUCCCAGAGGAGUACCAUCAGGUCAGCAAGACCUUGGGCUGCGACGAGGGCGUCGCGCUGUCAGACUCGAUGUCCGUGGCCCUCGGCGUGGACCUGGCCAGGCUGAAGCGAGGCCGCCCAGACGGCAAGCCGCUCUGGGACUUCGACGCGAGGGUCUUCAACGCCAAGUUCAGGACGGUUUUCGACCAGCUGGGCCACCAGGACUGCCACCCGUACCGGGUGCGCCACGGCGGAGCCUCGUACCGAGCCGCAGUCCUGGGCGAGAAGCUCGCGGACAUCCAGGCCACGCUGAGGCACCAGUCGGACAACUCGACGAAGCGGUACGCCAGGCGCGUCAGGUACUUCGCGGAGGUCGGGAAGCUCAGCCCCGAGGUGGCGCAGUUCGGGCGGGACAUCGACGCCCGCCUGGGCGACCCGCUGCGGGGCCGGGCGCCGCUGCCGCCGCUGCCGCGGGCUCGCGCGCCGCGCUCCGCGCAGGGCGCAGCUGGCGCGGCGGCACCGGGUGUACCUGGACCUUUCAGCGGCGCUGGCAAGGUUGCGAGUUGGCUCGAGCGGAAGUCCGACUACGCGGUCCUGCGGAUCGACGUGGCUGCCCACCCCGCCUUCGACCUGUCUCGGCGCGCGUGCGGGGCCAUCGUGAUCGGCUGGCUGAGAUCUCGCGUGGUGCGAGGGGUGAUGUGCGCUCCCCCCAGCUCGACGUGGUCUCAGGCCUCUCGCCAUUUUUAUCGCUCACCUGGCGCUCUGAACGGCCGCCCUGGUCUGCAGGGCGACGCCGCCGCCAGGCUCCGCGUAGGCAGCGCCGCAUUCCAUUUCGCCAUGCGAGUCGGCUUCGAGUGCAAGCGCCUCGCCGCGACGCCGCCCGCGGCGCCGCCCGCCCGGCGAGCCACGCCGCAUUCGUCGCCUGGGCCUCCCAAGGGCCCCCCGCUGCUGAAGAAGGCGCCCUCCAAGGGGCUCCCGGACGGCGGCGCGGGAGGCCCCGGCGCCGGCGCCGGCGGCGACAGGAGGCCGUCCUCGGGCCCGGGCAGCCGGCCCAGCCUGCCGCCAGCCGCGGCCCCGAAGGCUGGCCCCGCGCCAAGCGUCGCCCCCCGGGCCAGCUCGCGCCCGCCGGCCGCCGCCGGGCCCCAGUCCGCGCGCGGCCAGCCCGAGGGGCGUCCGCUGGAGACGCCACGCUCGACAAGAAGGCCCUCUACGUCGGGGACCGGGUGCGGCUGA